UGCUUUCUAAUAAUGACUUCACUCCGCGAUGCCGAACGAAGCAGUGGUGAUAGAAGCUGAUAGCAACAGCAACAGUGACUAUAGUCUACAAUUGAAUCGAUGGUUCUUGAAACCGAUCGGUGCAUGGCCCCCGUCUCCUUCCACCACAAAACUCGAAAAGAUUAUUUCAUUUGUUUUGAACAUCAUUUGCUUCAGCACCGUAAUUAUCACUGUGAUUCCUAGUUUACUACUAAUAAUUCUAGAAGAUGAGAGUAUAAAUUUCAAAUUGAAGGCACUGGGUUUCGUGAGCCAUUGGAUCGUCAGCAGCCUUAAUUAUACAACUUUGUUGUUGCAUAGCAAAGACAUACGACAGUGCAUAGAACACAUGGAAAGUGACUGGCGAACGUUAAUCAGAGAGGAGGAUCAACACGUGAUGCUGAAGAAAGCGAAAUUGGGUCGCUAUGUAGCGGCUUUUUGCGCCAUUUUUAUGCAGGGUAGCGUUUUAUGCUUUUGUUUCGUGACAGCAUUAAAUACAGUGGAGAUACAAAUUGGAAACGAGACGAGAGUUUUACACGUGUUACCUUGUGCAGUAUACAAGAAGCUAGUAAACGUCGAUGAAAGUUCAACGAACCAGAUCAUGCUUUUCUUGCAAGUUUUGUCUGCAAUUAUUGCAAAUUCUAGUACGAUUGGAAUUUUUAGUCUUGCAGCAGUCCUAGCUGCUCACGCGUGUGGUCAGUUAAACGUUAUUAAGUUAUGGAUCACUGAAUUUGUUAAUGAGGCCAGAGGAAAAAGGAAAUCCGAUGGUUCUAUUCAAAUUGGAGCAAUCGUGGAACGACACCUGAGGACAUUGAAUUUUAUAUCGUAUAUCGAGUAUGUGAUGAAUAAAAUAUGUCUCUUGGAAAUGCUAAGAUGCACAAUGGAUAUAUGUGUAACUGGCUAUUACAUUUUAUCAGAAUGGGCUGAGCAUGAUAUUCAAAAUUUGACUUCGUAUUUUAUGAUGCUCGUUACAAUCUGUUAUAACAUUUUUGUAAUAUGUUACAUCGGUGAAAUAUUAACAGAGCAGUGCAAGAAAAUUGGCGAAGUCGUCUACAUGACGAACUGGUAUCACUUACCCGGUAAAACAAUCCUCGACUUGAUUAUGGUCAUCGCACGAUCAAAUGUGGUCGUUCAAAUCACUGCCGGAAAAUUAGUUCAUAUGUCCGUUUAUACAUUUGGUAGUGUAAGUUUAUUCGAUACUCUUACUCAUAACUGUAUUGUCUGUUUACGUGAAAUAUUCUGCCAUUUCAGGUUGUGAAGACAGGUUUUGCAUACUUGAAUCUGUUNGCAGCAAAUGACGUAAUAAAAUGA